AUGUCGAAAAGAGCGCUUGAUAAUAGAGAAGAAGAGGAGGAGCACGGAAGAGUUGUCGCCCCGAGAGCUGACGGUCAAACCAAUCCCGCUAAUGCUUCUGCAACGGAUGAUAUGGAUAUGGAUGACGGGCAAUUCAGUGACGACUUUGAAAGUGACGAGGAGAUCAUUGAACUUGAUGACGAGAACGACGAGGAGAACAUGGGGGACGGUGAUAUAACUGAAAUGUCUAUGGCGAAGGCCCAAAAGUUGCUGAAGAAAGAUGAGAAUGAAAUAUUAGAAAGCACGAAAAAGGGCCAACAACUGUACCUACCGCAUUUAUCCAGACCAUUGGGCCCCGAUGAAGUACUCGAGGCAGACCCAACGGUUUAUGAAAUGCUGCAUAAUGUCAAUCUCCCAUGGCCUUGUAUGACAUUGGAUGUUAUCCCAGAUAAACUAGGUUCUGAAAGGAGGAACUACCCUCAAUCGAUCCUAAUGACCACAGCGACCCAGGCCUCGAAAAAGAAGGAAAACGAGCUUAUGGUGUUGAGCUUGUCGCAAUUGAACAAAACGCUUGUCAAAUCGGAGGAAGACGAAGAUGAGGAUGAGGAUUCGGAUGAGGAAGAUGACUCCGAUCCAAUCAUCGAAAAUGAAAAUAUUAAAUUGAACGACACAACAAAUAGGCUCAAAGUUUCCCCAUUUGCAUCGACAGACAAAGAGGUGCUAACAGCCACCAUGAGCGAAAAUGGUGAAGUUUACAUUUUUGAUUUGGCGCCCCAAUCGAAGGCAUUUUCCACACCGGGCUACCAAAUUCCAAAAACUGCGAGAAGGCCAAUACAUACUGUUAGGAACCAUGGAAAUGUGGAAGGUUACGCAUUGGACUGGUCGCCUAUGAUUAAAAACGGUGCAUUGCUCACCGGCGAUUGCUCCGGCCAGAUCUACUUCACGCAGAGACACACUUCGAAGUGGAUUACGGAUAAACAGCCAUUUACUGCCGAGAACAAUAAAUCGGUCGAGGAUAUCCAAUGGUCCCGUACCGAAUCUACCGUCUUUGCCUCAGCAGGUUGCGACGGGUACAUCAGAAUUUGGGACACUAGGUCCAAAAAACAUAAACCAGCGCUAUCAGUCAAGGCCUCCAACACUGAUGUUAACGUCAUCAGUUGGAGUGAAAAGAUUGGGUACUUACUAGCCAGUGGUGACGAUAAUGGGUUAUGGGGGGUUUGGGAUUUGAGACAGUUUUCUCCAGACAACAUCAACGAUGUCCAGCCAGUUGCCCAGUACGACUUCCACAAGGGGGCCAUUACAUCUAUCAACUUCAACCCACUGGACGACUCUAUCAUUGCCGUUGCAUCUGAGGACAACACUGUUACACUAUGGGACUUGUCCGUUGAAGCAGAUGAUGAAGAGAUCAAACAACAAAUUGCCGAAACCAAAGAACUUGAAAAGAUCCCCCCACAAUUACUAUUUGUCCACUGGCAAAAGGAUGUCAAAGAUGUUAAAUGGCAUAAACAGAUCCCCGGCUGUUUGGUGAGUACGGGGACUGAUGGCUUGAAUAUUUGGAAAACCAUCAGUGUGUGA